AUGCUGUCCACCGAGAAACCCUACUUCGGUUUGACUGGGGGAUGGCUGACCUUCUGGCUUACAGUCGCUUGCGGUGUGGACAUGACGCUGUUUGGAUACGAUCAGGGUGUCUUCAGCGGCGUAGUAGUGACACAAGACUUCCUUGAGCUCCACGACCUAGUCGGCCCUACAAAGACUACGACACUUUCAACGGUGACUGCCAUCUAUGACAUUGGUUGUUUUUUCGGUGCCAUUCUCGCCUUUGCGAUCGGAGACCGCCAGGGCCGCAAAUAUUGUCUCCUCUUGGGUACUGCAAUUAUAGCUGUAGGAACCAUUCUGCAAGCAUCAUCAUACAGCUUGGCCCAGAUGUUCGUUGGCCGGGUUGUGCUAGGAGUCGGCAAUGGUAUGAACACAGCUACGGCACCCAUCUGGCAAACCGAAACUGCACAGGCCAAAUGGAGAGGAAAGCUCGUUAUUUUUGAACUGGGGUUGAAUGUCGGCGGGUACUGUAUUGUCAACUGGAUCAAUUACGGGCUAUCAUUCCACGAGGGACCCAUCGCGUGGCGUCUGCCCAUCGCUUUGCAGCUUGUCCUUGUGAUCAUGUUGUUCCUCACUAUCCCGUGGCUUCCUGAGUCUCCAAGAUGGCUUAUAGCACACGAUCGUCAUGAGGAAGCGUCAGUGGUGCUUGCCGCUGUAGAAGGAAUGUCCAUCGAUGACCCCUAUAUCACGACCCAGCACAACGAAAUCAAGUUUAGCAUCCAGUACGAGCGUGAUAACGCCGUUCGCUGGAGAGACCUCGUACUUCGUCGGCAGUCUGACGGUACUAAAACGCUUCGCCGGUUGCUCCUAGGCGCCGGCACCCAGGCCAUCCAGCAGCUUCAAGUGGGGCUCUCCAAUAGCCUGGCCCGAUUGUUGACAGCCUGCAAUGCGACGUCCUACUUCGUCUUCUCCUGCCUCGCGGUUACAGUGGUCGAGAGACUGGGCCGCCGAGGUCUGAUGAUGCUUUCUGGGUUUGGCCAGGUCGUUUGCUUCCUGAUAAUUACGAUCCUGCUUCGGUUUGCAGAGAUCGAUAAGGUAUACGCCACUGCGUCAGUGGCCUUCUUUUUUCUGUACCAUAUUGCAUUCGGGAUGGGAAUGCUCGGCGUGCCCUGGCUGUAUCCAACGGAAAUCAACUCAUUACCGAUGAGGACUAAAGGAGCGGCGGUUGCAACCGCAACGAAUUGGAUCACCAAUUUUGCCAUUGUUGAGAUCACACCCAUUGGGAUCCAGAACAUUGGAUGGAAAUUCUGGAUCGUCUGGACGGUGCUUAACGCGGUUUUCCUACCGAUUAUCUACUUCCUCUAUCCGGAGACAGCAAACCGAACGUUGGAAGAUGUGGACGCCUACUAUCGGUCCAACCCACCAUUGAUCGUGGCUGGUGAUCCGGAUGCCACCUCGACAAAACGCCCGCUUAGGUUCAUCCAUCAUGAAGAUAAUGAAGUCCAGAGACGGGCGAAACGACCCGAUUCUCUGUCCUCUAAGAGUGACGAGUUCGCUAGUGCGGAGCACGUAGGGUGA